ACAGGGAAGUGGCCUAACUUCUCAGAGCAGGUGUCUUCGGAGGAGCUCACUGGAGGCGUGAGGAGGGGAAAUUUCACAUACUGCAUGUCCAUCUUUAUACCGCCUUGCGUACUAAACAUUUAGAUGUUUGCAAAAAUGGUUUCUAAGUUGACAUCUCUGCAACAGGAGCUUCUGAGCGCCUUGUUGGACUCUGGAGUUACUAAAGAUGUGCUUCUGCAAGCGUUGGAAGACCUGGACCCGAGUCCGAGCGCUUUUGGAGUUAAACUGGACAGUCUGCAGAUGUCCCCCUCCGGGUCCAAGCUCAGUGAUACGGAUUCAAAGCCGGUGUUUCACACGCUGACCAAUGGACACGGUAAAGGGAAGUUAUCAGGGGAUGAGGGCUCAGAGGACGGGGCUGAUUUCGAUACACCGCCGAUACUGAAAGAGCUGCAGUCUCAAAACACAGAGGAAGCAGCGGAGCAGAGGGCAGAAAUCGAGCGAAUGUUGGCAGAGGACCCAUGGCGCGCGUCCCGCAUGAUCAAAGGCUACAUGCAGCAGCACAAUAUCCCUCAGCGCGAGGUGGUGGAUGUGACAGGCCUCAAUCAGUCGCACCUGUCGCAGCACCUGAAUAAAGGCACGCCUAUGAAAACGCAGAAACGCGCGGCGCUCUACACCUGGUACGCCAGGAAACAGCGGGAGAUCUUGCAACAAUUCAACCAGACCUCGCAAGGCUCUGGCAGCAACAUGUCAGACAAAGCCAACCAGGAUCAGGUGCUACUUUUUUUCUCCGAGUUCAGUCAGUCCGGGCAGGUUAUGGGGCAGUCAGGGGAUGAUGCUGGCAUUGAACCUGCUUGCAAGAAGAUGAGACGCAACCGCUUCAAAUGGGGCCCUGCAUCCCAACAGAUCCUUUACCAGGCUUACGAACGACAGAAGAACCCCAGCAAAGAGGAGAGGGAGGCACUGGUGGAGGAGUGCAACCGAGCUGAAUGCCUCCAGAGAGGAGUAUCACCAUCCAAAUCUCAUGGGCUUGGUUCCAACCUGGUCACGGAGGUGCGAGUCUACAACUGGUUUGCCAACAGGAGGAAGGAAGAGGCCUUUAGACAAAAAUUGGCUAUGGAUGCCUAUAGUGGGCCAACGCACAAUCUGAACUCCCUUCUUAUACACAGUUCCCCGCAUCACCCACAAACCAGCAGCUCCCCACCAAGUAAGAUGCAAGGUGUCCGGUACAGCCAACAAGGUCCUGGUGAAGUCAGUUCCUCCACAACGAUCAAUCACCAUAGUAGCAAUGCCAUGGCAACCAGCCAAUCAGUGUUACAGCAGGUCUCUCCGGGGUCACUGGACCCCAGCCACAGCCUCCUGUCACCUGACGCCAAGAUGAUCUCAGUAUCUUGCGGAGGUCUUCCUCCAGUCAGCACCCUGACCAACAUCCAUGCAUCCCACCACGUGCCCCAACAGACCCCUAACUUCAUAAUGCCCCUUUCUGGAGUCAUGGCCAUUGCACAAAGUUUAAACACGUCGCAUGCACAGACGUUACCUGUCAUCAACAGCGUUGCAGGCAGUCUGGCAGCAUUGCAACCGGUGCAGUUCUCGCAUCAGUUGAAUGGCCCACACCAGCAGCUCAUGCAACAGUCACACAGCCACAUGAGCCAGCAGCCCUUCAUGGCCUCUGUCUCACACUCCCAAAUGUACCCACACAAGCAGGAGCUGCCCCAGUAUUCUCACUCGUCUCGGUUUCCCCCUGCCAUGGUGGUGACAGACGCCAACAGCCUCAGUACGCUGAGCUCAAUGUCCUCCAGCAAACAGUGUCCGCUGCAAGCCUGGUGAGCAUGUACACCUGACUUCCUCAAUGCCUAGCAACAGGAGCACAUCGUCCCCACCUCCAUUCCCCCUCAUCGCGCCUGUAACUGUGGCAACCCAUAAUAAUAAGUGCGAGCGGCACACUGGAUGAUGAGUUAGUCAAUAAACCAAGGGAUGCAGGACUGACGAAAACGGACACUGUUAGGUUGUUCGAUCGACAAGGGUACACACUUUAGUGACAGUAUUUGACUUCUCAGUCAUGGACAAACCAUAUUGAGGAACAUGGGUGAUCCUGAAGAACAAACAAAUAGGAAACACAAGACAAAGCUACAGAUACAAAGACCAGAAAGGAAUGGAGAGACCUGAUUUCCUGGACUAAGAGCACAGUAUGUGUCCAUAUGUGCUUGGUGAAGACAGUGUAAUUGAACUGUGCAUGGGCACAAUGACAAUCAGCCAAUGUUAGAAGCAUCUAAAGGAGUUUAUGUAAUGUGUAACUGAUGCAAAGACGUCUUCCGUGAGAUCUGAAUGCUUAGACAAUGUUCUGUACAGUUGAAUGUAAAUACAAGCAAUUAUUAUAUCAUUAGUAUGAAGGAUGUAAAUAUUCGAUUGUCCAUGUGGUGUGCUGUUUUAUCUGUCUAAACACGUAAACUGUGAUUCAGGAUGUGACAAUCUAUGGAGCAGGUAUGACGUAUUGGAAUAUGCAACGUGUCGUGAUUUCAGACUCUUUUUGACUACUUUGUUGACAUCAAAUCUUAAAAGUGAGAUAAAUGUUAAAGCACAUUUGACAAAACCUGAACCUAUUGAUCUCCCUGCAAGCCUGGUUUUAAAAUAGACGCUAAUGUCAAUGUUGACUAUUAGCAUUAGUGUCGUCAGAUAGAUAAGAUUCAUCUUUCUUUGCCAGGACUUCCACAGUAUGACAGACGUCCGUCUAAGAAAUACUGGCUUAAGAUGGUCGAUCAGAGAGACAGAUAACUGCAUCCGCAUAGCCGGUCAUCUUUGCGAUAUCGACGGGAACGGCCAUGAAUCAUGAUGUGCUUUUCCACACUAAAUAUUGACUUAAAUCAAACUGUCAUUGUCAUGGUGGAGAGAUACGGUCGAAAUGGACGACAGACUGGUUAUCAGGAGGAAUUUCAUAAAAGUUGGGAAAUUUUGUCCAUUCGCCAUUUUAAACAGUAUUACCUGCUCACGCCACUCUGAACUGCCAGGAAACAUUGCGAAGUAGCUUUUAUUGUGGCUCUUAACUUAGUUUUUUUACACAUUUGCUGGCAUGUAUGUCCACAAUUUCAAAACUGACAUUGUCAUUUUGGUAAACUGAAGAAACUAGUGCACUCGUCCCCAUCUAAGAGUUUGAAUACUUGUCAAAAGGUCAUUUCAAUGUUUGUUUUUAAUGUUGUUGACUAUGUUCCCACUGCCGGUUGACCUGAGGUUACAGUGCUGGUUUAUUCUCCUGUUUUAUACUGGAUUUAUACUAAAUGUGAUUCUUUCCACAUUGUAUUAUUUUUGUAUAAAAUGAAAGCAAUCUUUGAAAAUCAUUAUUUAUGCUUUACGAAAAAAGUUUCAAGUAAAGUUUUUUUUUUCUCAA